GGUUCAAUCACUAAAAUCGUGGACCGGAGGUCAAAACGAUUUGACCUCCUGUUCGGUUUUGAAAACAAUGGAUCUGAGUUACCCCGCGAGUAAUGUGCUCGAUGAAAAUUUGGAGCAGUGGCCUCAUCUGAACGAACUGCUUCAGUGCUACACCAGUGACUGGGUGAAAGAUGGGAGCAAGUAUGAGCAUUAUGAAAGUGUCAGUCCUCCUCACUUUAACAAUCAAAUAUUUGAGGGACCCGAUACUGAUAUCCAGACUGAAAUGAACCUUGCAAAUGCAAGGCGAACCAAGGCUGAAGAUGCUACUGAUGAUGACACCCCAAGUACCUCUGAACGACAAUUUGCAGACUCUCAUGUUUCUCAGGGAUUCGACUACGAGCUGCAGGGAAUCUUGACCGUAUUCAGUAGUAUUCAUCUCUCAAAUAACAUGUUUGAGGGAGAAAUUCCAGAUGUUAUUGGAAACCUUAGUUCUCUCAAAGGGCUUAAUCUUUCUCAUAACAACCUUACUGGUCAUAUCCCACCGUCACUAGGGAAUUUGAUGAAUCUGGAAUGGUUGGAUCUCUCUUCCAACAAGCUGGCAGGGAAAAUUCCUGAUGAAUUGGUAUAUUUGACACAACUCUCUGUAUUGAAUCUUUCAAAUAAUCAUCUUGUCGGGCGCAUACCACUGGGCAGUCAGUUCAACACCUUUGGAAAUGGUUCUUAUGAAGGAAACCUUGGACUGUGUGGAUUCCCAUUGUCAAAAUCUUGUGAUGGAAUUGGGACACCGCCGAGCUCCUUCCAUGAAAAAGAUGAGUUGUGGAGAUUUGGCUGGAGGGUUGUGGUGUUAGGCUAUGGAUGUGGAGUUGUUUUUGGACUGCUGAUGGGAUAUCUUGUCUUCCGAGCAGGAAAACCAAAAUGGUUUGUGUCUUUGUUUGAUGGCCGACCAAGUCAAAGUGGAAGGAAGAUGAGGAAAGCCAGAAGACUUGUUCAAAGAAGAAGCUAAGUGCUUUUCGGGUUUGAAGUUCUUGUUAUGGCUGGGAUUGGCUUGUCUAAAAUUGUCAACCUUCUCGUCUUUAUUAUGCUUUGUAAUUUUGUCUUUCUUUAUUACAAAAUAUAUUGAGAAAGUGUUUUACAAUCCCUCUCUCCCACUGGCUUAUGAAAUGAUAGCAAACUGGUAGCGAAGAUAUGCUACCAGUUUUCGUUCUUUACUUCAUAUAAAAAUUCUUGCCUCAC